AUGCCGCCUCCGCCGCUGGGUAUGACCGUGGCCGCGCUUCAGGGGCUCUUGAACAAAAAGUUGGGUCGUCCGGCGGUCUACCUUCGCAAGAUGCCAGCAGAUCCCGACUGGUUCCAGACAGCGCUAGCCAUGGAGCCUAGCUUGAAAGAGGUGAAGUUCCAGGAAGUUCAGUGGCCUGACCUACUGGAGGCCGCUGUCGCGGCCGGGGCGGUUUCGGGGCGAAUCCUCGUGAAUUCCUCGGAGCCCUGGUCUUUUGCGAGUGCCGUGAGCCUCGCGGCUUUGCAUACUGCCAUUCCCAUUGAUGCAGGCGUCUCACUGAAACCUUCCCUCCCGGUGCUUGCGGACCUGCGCGGGAGAUGGGCCUCCCAGGUGGAAGCGACCCAAGCACUGGUCUGGGAAGGCGUCUUGAAGAACAUGACGACGUCGCGCAUCAUCGUGCAGACACCGCAGCUACUCUCGGAAGGAUUCUUGGUCGAUUUGGCUCUGAAAGACAAGAUGUUCGUGAUGUGGCUCGAUGACUUGUGUACAAAUGGUACGCAGGGGAACUUGCUUUUCAGGCAGGUGACGGAUCUUCUAUCGGAAGCCGGCAGGGAGCUGUCCAUCAUGGGAUAUUUCGCAGGCUCCGAGGUGGUGGCAGAUUGCACAAGCAGCCACUCUGAGAUCUCCCUCGUCUCAGAUUUCGCUCCGAACUUGGCAUUUUUCUCGCUCCUUCCGCCGGUGCAAUCGUUGAAGCAGGUUCCUCUGCUUCCCAUACCGAAGUACGACCCGUCCAAGAUCUAUGUGGCUCUCUUGUCUUCGGACGGGGACAACAUGCAGCUGGACUACAACUCCUUGAGGCCUCGAAUGGAGGAGCGCUUGGCUCUCUGUGCGAAAGAUCGCGGCUCUGGGAGCUCCGCUGUGUGCCCUCCGGUGACAAGCCCUCCGGUGGGCUGGACGAUUUCAAACCGUCUCAUGGAGUUCGCGCCCACAGUUCUGCGAUGGUUCUUCGCUGCAGCAAAUCGCACCAGGGACGCUGACAGCUUUUUGAUGGGGCCCAGUGGCUAUGGCUUCCUUCACCCAUCCUCCAACACUAAGCAAGCGAUCCUGAGGAACCUCACGGUGGAAGCUGCCAGGAAACUCGACAUGUGCGCCUAUGUCCAUUGGGACAACUAUAAUCAGGAGCCUGCUGUGGAAAGGACGGUAGCCGCAUAUGCGCACACGACGAUCCGGGGUAUCUUCUCUCCGGUGCAGCCAGCUGUUCCUCCGGUGGUGGCCAAAGAUAUCGUGACAUUUUCUGAAACAAAGCGGUGGUUUACUCAGGACCACCCAGAGGACAUUGCCAAGCAUCUCAACAGCUUAAAUCCAGGAAGCACCGUCUUCUUAUACAAGAUCCACGAUGUCGCCUUUGCGGAUGUGGAGGCUAUGGCAGCAGCGCUGAGCAGCAACGUUGUCUUGGUGGGGCACAGGGAGCUCAUUGCUAUGAUGCGCACGCACUACGGGCUGCCUAAUGGGGCAAGUUCAAGCAUCGUCGUUUAG